GCUUUUUUAAGAUAGUUUUUUUUUCUAUUUUAUUUCUUGUGUCUUUGCCUUUAUUUCACGAUUAUUUAGUAUUUUAUUAUGGAUCUAAUUAAAGAGCAUGAUGCAGAACCACUUCGCGUCCUUGGGCGAAAUCCGUUUGAGGAUAUUACAACUAAAAAACGCUUGAGGCAACUUCUUCAGACGCAUCAAGGUCGUGACAAAGUUUUUAAAGUUGUUCAGUAUCUGAUGCGCAUACAGCUAUGGUGGGAUUCGGUCACUUUCCAGACUAACUAUUUGCCCAAUGAGAAAUUCACAUCUAACGAGAAAAUACUUAUGACAAUAUUAAAUAGCCGAAGACUUUUUCGUUUGGGACGCUUUUUCGGUGAAUUUGAGCGAAUCCGUAUCACAUUAAUUAAGGUAUCCGAGAUUAUAUAUAUUCCUUCUACUGGAGGUAAGUUGCUUCCACUUUUUAUACAAGGUCAAAUGCUCUUUGACUUGCUUGCUCGAUCCCUAAUGUUUGUAAAAUGUUUCUGUGAGGACAUCGCGUUUCUUGUUCAGAAGGGGUUUAUCCAUUACACUAUUGUCGGGAAGCUGAUAUCAAUUGCGACCAAGUGCGGCCUUGUUGUGCUGGCUAUUGACUUGUGUUUGAACACACUGCGUCUUUCCCAGGGUUUAAUCGAUGCUUCCUCACAUGAACGAGUGGUGGAUGAUAUAAUUUCUAAAGAGUCUUUUUCGCUCCUUUCAAAGUAUGAUAGGGUGGACAAGCACCGACGAAAAGUUCUCUCGGAAUCAAAUGAUAAGGCAAAGAACGCUGUGGAUACUAUCUGUGACCCUAACGAAGAAUCAAAAAAAAGUGAUGAUAUUAAUUAUGUGGUUUAUGUGGAUUCUUAUCCAAAACUUCUGUGGAUAGAUUUUGAACUUCACUGGAUAUUUAUUACCGAGGUGAAAUUGUUUCUUGACAUAUUCGUCGCUUUGUCUGGUUAUAACCGCUUGAAUAAUCAGGGUUAUGUCAGCAUUGCCGGACUCUUUUCAGGGCUAUGUUCGGUCUAUCGCGUAUGGACAUACGGUCGUUAAACUCAUAUUGAGGAUAUAAAUAGGUGAUUGGAUCCCUUUUCAAAUGUUUAUUUUAAAUCGACCUUUCUAUAAUGUUAAUUUUCUGUUCUCAUUAAUGCGCAAAAGUUUUCAAUAUUGUGAAUGAUAGUACCAGGUGUUGCAGUGACUUCUUAGUAAA